CCUGGUGGUUCAGUCCAAAGUGAGUAUCAAGUAUGACGUAGGAGCUGAGACGGAUCCAGAGAGCAAGAAGAUGAUCGAGUCUCUGGGAAAACUGGCUUUUGAGCAGCUGCAGAAAGGCAACCUGAUCUUCUAUGCAUCAGACAUGACAGAGUGUGGCAUCGAUAUCACAGCAGCCUCAGUGUACUCAGGAGUGUUCACACAGAUCUUUAAAGAGGAGAAUGGACUGUACGAGCACAAGGUGUUCUGCUUCAUCCAUCUGAGUGUUCAGGAGUUCCUGGCUGCUCUUCAUGUCCAUCUGACUUUCGCCAACUCUGGAGACAAUCUGCUAUUGGAGAAACAGAAAACAACCUGGUUUAAAGUUUCCAGAGACAAAUCAGCACAGUUCUACCAGAGUGCAGUGAACACAGCCUUACAGAGUCCAAAUGGACACCUGGACUUAUUCCUCCGCUUCCUCCUGGGUCUUUCACUGGAGACCAAUCAGACUCUUCUGCGAGGUCUGCUAACAAAGACAGAAAGUAGCUCAGAGACUAAUCAGGAAACAGUGGAGUUCAUCAAGAAGAAGAUUAAUAAGAAUCUGUCUGCAGAGAGAAGUAUCAAUCUGUUCCACUGUCUGAAUGAACUGAAUGAUCGUUCUCUAGUGGAGGAGAUCCAACGGUCUCUGAGAUCAGGAUGUCUCUCCACAGAUAAACUGUCUCCUGCUCAGUGGUCAGCUCUGGUCUUCAUCUUACUGUCAUCAGAAGAAGGUUUAGACGUGUUUGACCUGAAGAAAUACUCUGCUUCAGAGAAGGCUCUUCUGAGGCUGCUGCCAGUGGUCAAUGCCUCCAAAAAAGCUCUACUGAGUGGCUGUAACCUGUCAGAGAGAAGCUGUGAAGCUCUGUCCUCAGUUCUCAGCUCCCAGUCCUCUAGUCUGAGAGAGCUGGACCUGAGUAACAACAACCUGAAGGAUUCAGGAGGGAAGCUGAUCUCUGUUGGACUGAAGAGUCCACACUGCACACUGGAGACUCUAAGGUCAAGAUCCAUUAACCCAUUCAACUGAUGACCAUUUCAACUCUGAUUAACUUUAGUUGAUAAAACAGCUAACAUGUAGCUUUAUGUCUGUUGAUAUGAUAAACUUUGGCAGUAAUGCC